AUGCGUGAAUCUCGACUUUCUUCCUCGGAUGAAGGUCCUCAAGUUCACAAUGAACAAGAACCUGGUCAUCUCUUGGAUCCAAUCGAAUAUGCCAAAGCAGAGAAGAAAUUAGUCCGAAAGAUUGAUUUUCUACUUUUACCUAUCAUGUUGAUCACCUAUGGGUUACAGUACUAUGAUAAGAACACUUUGUCCACGGCGAUUUUAUAUGGGAUGUUAGACGAUUUGGAUUUGACUGAAACUAAAAAUGGGGUUACAUACCUUACGAGAUACAGUACAGCAGCCGCUGCAUUCUACUACGGAUACAUCGUAGCUGUGCUACCUAUGGGUCUGAUCUUUACUCGAUUCCCACUAGCCAAAACAGCCUCUUUCUUCGUCUUGAUCUGGGGUAUAAUCUGUAUCCUCACCGUGGUAGUCCACUCGUACCGCGGAUUUGUAGUCCAACGUGUUUUUCUGGGUCUGGCAGAAAGUGCUGUCAGUCCUGCGUUCGUGGCUAUCACUGCGUUAUGGUGGAAACCUCAGGAACAAGCUAAGAGAUUAGGUAUCUACUAUUCAUCUACUGGCAUAUUCUCAAUGUUCACUGCUAUAGUCAAUAUCGGAUGGGGUAAAACCGGUGGUUCUCAUCCAUGGAAAUCAAUGUAUUAUUUCGGCGGAUCAUUCACGAUCUUUUGGGCUAUACUCAUAUACUUCAUCAUGCCUGAUUCUCCCCUUCGACCGGGUAGAUUUUUCACCGAGAGGGAAAAAGCGAUACUCAAACGGAGAUUCGAUGAAAAUCCAUAUGGACAAUCUCAACAGCCUAUCAAGGUCUAUCAGCUCGCCGAAGCUGUAAAAGAUAUCAAAACUUGGAUAUACUUUUUGAUGGGCGCAAGUAUAUAUAUCUGUAAUGGAUCUGUUACAGUUUUCGGAGCGAAGAUCAUUAAUUCCUGGGGAUACGAUUCGAUCAGGUCUACGGCUUUGAUGAUUCCAGGAGGAGCUAUGACAGUAGUGACCAUUUGGAUAUUCGCCUACUUCGCGGAUAGGUAUAAGAAUAUCAGGACUAUUCUCCUACCUAUAAGUACUAUACCAGUCAUAGUCGGAUGUCUAGUCGUCUGGCAGGCACCCUGGCAUCCCCGUGUAGGCCCAUUGAUAGGAUACUACCUCGUAGCUGCCUUUGGUGCUCCAUACGUGCUGCUUCUGUCCCUCGCUACUGCCAACACAGCAGGAGCAACCAAGAAGGGAAUUACGACCUCGGCGAUAUUCGUAGGAUACGUCACUGGUAAUAUUAUAUCGUCCUACCUGGUAUUCACUCAAGAAAAACCAAUCAAAUAUCGUUCUACCUGGAUAUCAGUCAUAGUAGCUAUGGUAUUCGCGUCUUGCGCUUCCCUCUUAUUGAGAUAUAUCUAUAUCAAAGAGAAUAAACGGAGAGAUGCCCUGUUGGACUCAUCACCUUCACCCUCUUCGAGGUAUAAUGAACCACAAUCCUCUCAGAACGACGCAAGUGAUCGAGAGAAAUUCGAAGGAUCACCGGGAGAUGGUGUACCUAGAUUAGGAGAUGGUAUGGUGUAUGAGGAUAAGACUGAUAAAGAGAGGUUGGAAUUUAGGUAUACUUAUUAG